AUGAUUACUAAUUCCAAAAGUCGGCUCGGAUAUUGGACUGUUACAUUUUCUGGUGACCCUUCUUCUCUUCCGUUUUUUGGGAAUCCUACUUCUCUUCCGUUUCCUGGGAACACUUCUUCUCUUCCUUUUUCUGGGAAUCCUACUUCUCUUCCGUUUUCUGGGAACACUUCUUCUCUUCCUUUUUCUGUGAAUCCUACUUCUCUUCCGUUUUCUUGGAACACUUCUACUCUUCCGUUUUCUGGGAACACUUCUUCUCUUCCGUUUACUGGGAACACUUCUUCUCUUACGUUUACUGGGAACACUUCUUUUGUUCCGUUUCCUGGGAAUCCUACUUCUCUUCCUUUUCCUUGGAAGCCUUCUUCUCUUCCAUUUUCUGGGAACUCUUCUUCUCUUCCGUUUUCUUGGAACACUUCUUAUCUUCCUUUCUCUGGGAAUCCAACUCCUCUUCCGUUUUCUGGGAACACUUCUUCUCUUCCGUUUUCUUGGAACACUUCUACUCUUCCGUUUUCUGGGAACACUUCUUCUCUUCCGUUUACUGGGAACACUUCUUCUCUUCCGUUUUCUGGGAACUCUUCUUCUCUUCCGUUUACUGGGAACACUUCUUCUCUUACGUUUACUGGGAACACUUCUUUUGUUCCGUUUCCUGGGAAUCCUACUUCUCUUCCUUUUCCUUGGAACUCGUCUUCUCUUCCAUUUUCUGGGAACACUUCUUCUCUUCCGUUUUCUGGGAACCCAUAUUAUCUUCCUUUUUUCUGGGAAUCCUACUUCUCUUCCGUUUUCUUGGAACACUUCUACUCUUCCGUUUUCUGGGAACCAUUCUUUUGUUCCGUUUCCUGGGAAUCCUACUUCUCUUUCUUUUCCUUGAAACACUUCUUCUCUUCCAUUUUCUUGGAACACUUCUUCUCUUCCGUUUUCUUUGAACCCAUCUUAUCUUCCUUUUUCUUGGAACCCAUCUUAUCUUCCUUUUUCUUGGAACCCUUCUUCUCUUCCGUUUUCUGGGAAUCCUAUUUCAUUUCGGUUUUCUGA